UAAGAAUACUAAAAAUUUGCGAGGCUUUAUUUUGCUGCUGUAAUAGCAAUUAGUGAGACACCUUUCAAAUCUACUCAAUUUCCAAUUAACUCAAAUUCUCUCGCAACAUGCGAAAAAAUGUUAACUGCUGGACGCUCUGCUUUGUCGACACUUUUCAAAGUUUCUCAAAUCUCUCUAGGGGUUAUUAAUAUCAAAUAUUCCAAAGCAGUACCUUAAUAAAUUGUAUUUGUAUUGGAAAAUUUUAUUACUCACAGAUUUUACAAAUUAGGCAAUAGUGCACAUCUAACUGUUAAGUGCUAAUUGUGUGGUUACAACAGUUCGAUAAGUGACGUGUUUUUUGUGCUUUAUAAUAGUAAAAAAUAAAAAUAAAUAAAAGGCUACGGAAUCAUUUUACCUUUACUAAAACAAAACCAACAAAGAGGCUCCACAUUUUACAAGCUACUAACCACGACGGAAAUCUCACUAACCUGAAGCUCCAUUCUAGGGGAUGCGACCAAAGGCGAGAAGGCCCGUGCGCUGCUUAAUAUGGCUGCAAACGCUCGGAUAUUGGGAGCAGAUACGAGAAUAUGUAAUAUUAAAGUUAGUUAAACAAAUUGAAGAGAUAUUAAUGGUGAAAAGCGAAAUUGAGUGCGAGACUGAAGUUCUGAAAUUUAAGAUUAUUAAAAGAAAAAUGAAAGAUGCUAUGGCGGAGAUAAAUAAUUAUAUAGCACAGAUCAGGCAAGAUAAAGCCGCACGGAAAGCCAAGGAUGUUACGCCGACAGAGAUAAAAUUACCGGCAAUUAGUCUAAUUGCAAACGAGAUAGGGAUACUCGAACGCCUUGGACACGUUGAAGAAGCGGAGAUGAAAAGAAUAUCACUUUUGAGAUCUCUUCCGAUCCAAUCAGCUGUCACAGAACCAAAUACAGUAAAUUUAUUAUUGCCUGAUGGCGGUAUAAUAGAGUGCGACAUCGACUUAGUUAUGCCGGGGCUUAAAAAAAGAUAUCGUAAGGCGGAAAUUUUAGAGCAUUUACUAACACCCAUAGACGAGGAAUAAGGAGGAAGACUCAAAUUUAAGUUCGGCAUGCAUUCCAUCAAAUUGCUUGACUUAAAAAAUUACAGUGUUACAACAACCAUCGAUCUCAACUAGCUGCGAAAAAAUUAUAACCUGGAUGACAAUGUAUUACCCAGUACAGAAUACAUUUUCCUCAUUUCCAAACGCUCUGCAGACUUUUCAUCUAAACGCUUAGGUGAUGAUAACGAACACGAUGACCACUGAAUAAUAUUUCCGUAAAGAAAGCACACAGUCCACUGCAAGUGCAGCUAACACUACACCGAAGUUACGAGAAUUCAAAUGUCUAUUUCCAGGACACUUUCGUUACUGGAGACGAUAUCCAAAAACUAAAAUAAAACUGAAUGAAUAAUGUGUAUAUUUCAUGAAUUCGAGCAGAGAUUAAAGCGUUACAACCAAAUAUCUUUAGAGAAGUAUGUCAGAUAUAUAUUUAGAAACAAUCUGAUCGUGCAAAAUGGCAUAGUGGUGUGAGUUUGGUCUGCAUGGAACCAGUUUAAAGAAGAGCGAAUUAAAUGAAACAGAUCGGGAUGAGAGCGAACUUACCACAAUAAACAGACCAUUGGUUUUUCUCUGCGGUCUGACAAAAAAUUUUUGGUAUUCACAUAUUCUCUGGCAAACCGUCACCAGUUUGUGAGAGUAUUGAUGAAUGAAACAUGAAAAUCACAAUUGGAUCCCUUGUAUGCCGAACACCUCGCACAAGUUACAGCCAUUGUCAAGGGUAUAGCGUCACGUGAGAUAUGACUAUGUAUGAAUGCAGUCUGUACAUGUAAAUCAAGUGAAUUACGACAUCGUGGGACGACGUUUCGAGUACGAGUAACAAAUGGAAAGGGGGCGCUUGCAAUGGUAUAUUGUUAGAUUGUUUUAUACUAAAAGAAAUUUUAGAGCCACUCAACUUAUGGGUAAGAUGGGGUAAGAACCAAUAAAGUGAGCUUUACCAACCGAGCCGUUGAACUGUUCCUAACUUUAAAGUGUCUUUUAAUUAUUUCGUUUUCGUUACAGCCUGACAAAGAUAAAUUUGCUAAGAGUCCGCUAUUUUCAAAACCUGAUUUGGUUUAUUUACUUUACAUUAAUUAAUUUUACUUCACUUGACUUCAGCUUAAUUACAAUUACUAAGUUUGACAGACAUAUUAAUUAGUUAAUUAAUCAUCAGAUAUAUCGGCCCGGGUGUCUAGCAAACUUUUGAGGGAACGAAAAUGUACUUAUCAGCUUCACAAAAUGCGCUACAACGCAUUUAGAGCUUAGUUGAAAAAACUAACCUUACAGACAAACGAUAAAUGCAUAAAAAAUGUAUGUACAAAAUUGCCAAGUUAAUAGUAGUUUAUGUUGUUGUAGCUAAGGCUUAUCUGAAAUUAUAGUAGUGCGAAAGAUGUAUAGAAAAAUCGCCAUUGCUCAAGCAUCAGCUAAAAAUAAAAACAAAAUUUGUUUCAGAGUUUUUUGUAUUUAUCUUAGGGAAUUUAUGUUACUUGUGUCAACUAUUCAUAAUAUUUUAUUUAAAACAGUUACGGAAAGUACAGCUUAAAAGUAUGUCACCGUAUAGAAACACAUUUACUAAGCAAUGGAAUAUCACCAUGUAAGCAUAGCAUCAUAGAAACUUGUAGUAUAUUUUGUGGCUCAUAUUUUCAAAUAAUAUUUUAAAGAUUGGAGUCGAAUAUAUAUUUAACUAUGAAAUUAAAUAAUUUUCAGAUUUUAUACUAAACAUUUAAAUGUGCGUACACUACUUAGAUAACAUAAAUGUAACACUAAAACACUAAAUAAAUUAUGUACUUAUUUUUAUAUAGUAUAA